AUGGCGUUACCUCAUUGGUAUGCAGGGCUUCCAUUCUUGAAGACAUCAGGAAGAACGAAAGUUGAUUGCGAGAACACCUUGUUCGGAAUCGUAUUCACAUGUGUACGAAGUUCUCCUUCUCGAUGCUGUCAUCCUGAGAAUAGUUCUAGUGGGUUUCCUAUUGUCCUCCAACAAGCUCCAAUAAUUGUCGGAGGAUCGUUCGGGAGUCUCGGUAAAGAAUUUCCAUCCUGGACUUUUUGCUCGCUUUGUGGGUCCACACGCCACUCCGGACGCUUAGCCUCGAUCUUGUGA